UAGAUAGAUUCUGGCCUUGGGUUGCAAGGACAACCGCCGCUCACGCUCAGCUCGCAUUUGAGCAGGAAGCCAGCUGCUGCAUGAUGUGCAUCAUCGAGCAAGCCAAGAGUUAUGUGACGCAUGAUCGAGCAUCAUUAUCUUGUCAGUCAAGGUUGAAACAAAGCGCCGCAUGAGCACCAGCACCAUCAACCGCAGCGAGGACUUCUCCUCAGUGGGCCACAGUGCUCGGUCCCCCUCCCUUUUGUGGUGGCCCUUAACAGUGUCCAACUUGGUGGGUGUCGUAGUUGCCAGAGGAGUUGGCCUCAGGCGCAGAGAUUUCAGUGGGAGAAUCUGCCUGUGGAUGUGUAACUCAUCCUGAUCCCCAGGCUACAUAGUUUUGAAGAAUCGGCGACGCUUUUUAGCCAGGAGCGGAAGGGAGUUCGCGGUCACAACACACAGCACAGUUAUUGAAUUAGUGCCCGAUUUUGGAACGCAGAUUUUAGUUUCGUAGCUCUGAUCAAUGCGGGGUGGCGGUGCCAUUCAGAUUCUGACUGAUAGGGGAGAGAGUUGCGUCGAAGUUCUGUUUCUACUGUAGGUUUUUGUUUCGGGCGCUCCAGAAUUUCAACCUGUGAUUGCAGCACUUGAGAGAGCGUUAUUUGAAUCCAUCGAAUCACACCCUGGACAUGGUCUCCUUGACAAGAAUGUUGUAUCAAUCUGGUCAGUAGUUUCGAGGAGCUUUUUCUCUACUGUUAGAGUGGUACCCUGAGUGUAACUGAAUUGUUGCAGCUCUGUGGAUUUUGAACGAGUGGGUGGGUGAGUGAGCUACAGCGGGUUUGUCGCAAUGGGAACGAGGGAGGGAGGACUAGUGGGGAACUAUGGGGAGAUGGAGGAGCAGAACCAGAAGCUGGAAUCGCUGCAGGAUGGCCCUUACGACGUGUCCAUGAGUGGGCAGAUGAAGCGCCUGCUUUGGCAUGGUGGCUCCGUCUGGGAUGCCUGGUUCAGCGCCGCCUCCAACCAGGUCGCGCAAGUGCUGCUGACGCUGCCCUACUCCUUCGCACAGCUCGGGUUUGCCUCCGGAAUUGCGUUCCAGUUUUUCUACGGUGUAAUCGGCUGCUGGUCUUGUUACAUGAUUACCUGGCUCUACGUCGAGUAUCGGACGCGGAAAGAGAGGGAGGGGGUCAUCUUCAAGAACCACGUCAUUCAGUGGUUCGAGGUCUUGGAUGGGUUGCUGGGUCGCAACUGGAAGAUAGUCGGUCUUGUUUUCAACUGCACCUUCCUUCUCUUUGGAGCAGUCAUCCAGCUCAUUGCCUGCGCCAGUAACAUCUUCUUGAUUAACGAUCAUUUGAACAAGAGAGAAUGGACCUACAUAUUCGGAGCCUGUUGCAUGCUUACUGUUCUGGUACCAUCGUUCCGAAACUACCGACUGUGGUCUUUCUUCGGCCUCAUUAUGAUCUCCUACACAGCUUGGUACAUGACUAUUGCUGCUCUUGCCCAUGGCCAGGUUGCCAAUGUUGUUCAUUCUGCUCCAACGACCAAGGUCUUGUACUUCACAGGAGCAACCAAUAUUCUGUACACCUUUGGUGGUCACGCUGUUACUGUAGAGAUUAUGCACGCGAUGUACAAACCCGUGAGGUUCAAGUUUGUGUAUGUGUUUGCAACACUGUAUGUGUUCACUUUGACGAUCCCUUCGGCUGUGGCCGUGUAUUGGGCUUUCGGUGACGACCUCCUCAAACACUCCAAUGCACUUUCCUUGCUUCCGAGGACCAUGGCUCGUGAUGUUGCAGUUGUUCUUAUGCUCAUUCACCAGUUUAUCACUGUUGGCUUUGCUGUUACUCCACUCUACUUCGUGUGGGAGAAGAUGAUUGGCAUCCACAAUACGAAGAGCCUUCUCCUAAGAGCAGUGUCGCGAAUGCCAGUGAUAUUACCUGUUUGGUUCUUCGCUAUUGCGUUUCCGUUCUUCGGACCCAUUAACUCCACGGUCGGAGCCCUUCUGGUUACCUUCACAGUAUACAUUAUCCCUUGUGUAGCUCACAUGGUUGUGUAUCGCGCUGCAACAGCUCGCCAGAACGCGGUGGAAAAGCCUCCUUUCUUCAUGCCCAGCUGGGUAGGAGUCUACCUGGUGAACAUAUUCAUCGUGGUGUGGAUCAUUGUGAUUGGAAUUGGCUGGGGAGGCUGGGCCAGUGUCACCAAUUUCGUUCAACAGAUCGACACGUUCGGCGUCUUCGCACCUUGUUACCAAUGCCCACCGCGAGCUCCCGUUGCCGCAACUCCACCUAAAUUGCAUGCUUGAAUCCACAUUCUACCUUCACACUUAUCAGGACUAACUCAUAACCUUUUUCAUGCCAGCUGCUUCUGAACCCUUCAGAAAGUGGCUGCACCCUGGUAGCUGAUCAACCCAGUCGACGCAACGGGUAUCGAAAGCGGUACUCCAGGCGACUGUACAGAGCACGAGGGAGACUAAACAAGGUUAUAUCCAAGUGCUGCAUCGCCGAGCCAUCGAAAGAACGAACGCAAGCUCAAGGGGAUGUUAACUAUCCUUGCUUCUGCGGUGCAGGGAUAUGCAGCAGCUGAUUAUAACUAAUUUUUAUCUCGCAGCAAGCAGGCAGCAGUUGAUAGAUCGGAAUGAACCUAUCGACGCUACGAUUUUACUUUUUUACUUUUUUACUUUCUUUUCUUUACUUUUGUUCAUAUGAGUGAGUGAGUGAGUGUGUGUUUUGUUGGUAAUGUUUUGGAUCAUUUGAUGAGCGCAGCUGCUAAACCGCAGCGCUGGUGCCGUGAUAGAGUAGAACUCUGGUUGUAGACUUGGGACUUGGACACUCGAUCUGCAGAGAUUUCUGUGGACACAAAUUGAUUUUUCAGACCUCGGCUGAGCAACUCCGUCAGUGUCGUUUUGAAUUCGUGAAGCCUCGUCUUUUCAUGUACCCAUCUUUCACAACUGACUGUGGAUCCAGUAAUGGACUGAUGCAUUUCGAGUUGUUUCGUAAGCUCAAUUUCUUCA